AUGAUAAGGCCAUUGUCUGAAUAUGAGUCAUGCUACAAAGACAUUAAAAUAAUUGGGAGGGGUCAAUUUGGAAUUGUUUAUUUAGUAUAGCAGAAGUCAACUUAGAAGGAAUUCGCAGCGAAAAAAAUAAAAGGAGAAUGUUCCAAUACAGAAUUGGAUAUCUUAUUUAGAUUGAAGCAUCCCAAUAUCAUUAAUGUAUAUGAUUGCUUCAGAGAUGAAAAUUAAAUAAUUCUUAUUAUGGAUUAUUGUUAAAAGGGAGAUCUUUGGAAUAUGAUUUAAUACAGGAUACUCGAAGGAAAGAAUAGAGGGUAUAUUUAGAAGGUGGUCGAAUAAUGGCUUGUCCAAUUACUAAUGGGAUUGGCCUAUAUACAUGAUAACAAUGUGAUCCAUAGAGAUCUGAAGAGUUCGAAUAUUUUAAUAAAGGAAGAUGGGCAACUAAAGAUAGCCGAUUUUGGAGUAGCCAAAAUUCUUGGAGGAGAAAAAAUGGCUAAGACAAUAGCUGGUAGUCCAUUUUAUUUAUCUCCAGAAAUCAGUCAAGGGUAAGACUAUACUUUCUCCUCUGAUUUGUGGUCCCUUGGAUGCAUUUUAUUUGAGAUGUGUACAUUGAAAAGGGCAUUCGAGGGUGAUUAAUUUGAUAAAGAAAUACUGAUUUAGGAUUAGAUUGAACCAACACUUACAGAUAUAAGAACGUAUAGUUCGGAAUUGGUAAAUUUAAUCUAAUCUCUUUUGGAUGUAGAUGCCUAGAAACGACCCUCUGCAAAAGAACUGUUAAGAUCUUCAUAUAUAGCUAAAAUUAUGUUGUAGAGUUUCGAAAAGAAAAGCGUAAAAUAGUAGGAUAUGCAAAAAAUAGGUUAAGUCACUAUGAUGUAAAAAAAGGCACAUGAAAAAUAUUAAAAAUAAAUGAGCUAUGUUAAGUAACUUUUAGGAAACUCAUAAGAUUCCAUCAAUGCUCAAUCCUAAGUUUUGUGA